AAUGUCAGCUGUUCGAAAUUCGAACACUCGACAAAAAAAUUACUACAAAUUGUAACAAGAAUGUGUAGCAAUAGUUUAACUGAUUAUCAAUUUACAAAAGCAUUUAAGCAUGGCAAAUUCUGUUCGGUGUACAAGGCAAACUGUACAGUCAACAAUCGUGUGAUAGUUGUCAAAAAGUAUUCACUGGAAGUGGAAGAUGAUGUCGAGUUAAAGCGACUUUUUGCCGAAAUUCAAUGUUGUCGACAAUUCAAUCAUCCAAAUAUCAAUAAGAUUUUGAAUAGUUUCAUUGUGGAUACCGAUGUAUAUGUGCUACAUCCGUAUAUGUGCUUUGGCACAUGUCAGCUCCUGCUUAAAAGUAUAUUCAAGAACGGCUUUCCAGAAGCUCUGAUUGCGCUGAUAUUCAAGGAUGUCCUCGCCGCCCUUUUGUACAUACACUCGAAUGAUUUUGUUCACGGAUCUGUGAGAGCUCUGCACAUACUAUUGGACAGCAAUAAGGCAGUAUUAUCUAAUUUUCAUGAGAGUCGUAGCUUUAUAAAACAUGGCAAGAAGAAACCCGUCCUGCAUGGCAUCUCCCACGAGAAGAAUCUAAAUUGGGCUGCACCGGAAGUUUUGGAUCAAAAUGUACAUGGAUUUACAGAGAAAUCGGAUAUCUAUUCCGUGGGCAUAACGGCAUGUGAGCUGGCUAACGGUAUUCAACCAUAUUUCGAGACCCAACCUACACUCAUGUACACAGAGAAAAUACGUGGAAAUGUGCCCUCCCUAUUGGAUAGAUCGACGUAUACCAUGCUCCUGGAUGAUCAGGGAAAAGUCCCAUUCGAGAAUGCAACAAGCCGCAGAACCUACGAUAUCUUUAGCCAACGUGUGCUCUCCGAUGAUUUCCAUCAAUUUGUGGAAAUUUGUCUGAAUCGCAGUGCCGAGAAUCGUUGGAGCGCCAAGAAGCUGAUGACCCAUGCAUUCUUCAAGCAAUGCAGACACGCCUCCAUCACGGAUCACAUCAAGAAAUGUCGCUCCGACGUAGACACCAUUUCCACACGAGAGGAUGAUGGUGUCGAAAUCAUUGCACCACCCGAUGAUCAUGCACAGGAAUGCCGAGAAGAUGUACAAUGGAAUUUUGAAUGAACUUUAAUAUAAGAUAUAUAAAUAAGAUAAAUAAAAAAAACUGAUUUUAGAUAAAAUAAAAGUUGAGUGAAUCUUAGCAAGCAUUUAUAAUCUAAGCAUAGGGUAUUAUGCUAGCUAUGCUGUAAUUCUAGAUAUUCCACCCUAUAAAAUAUCUCUCCUUUUACCAAGCCAAGAAAUUCCAUUGAUAUC